UAGCUCACAUGGGUGGUAGGCCUAGAAAACAGAGAAUGGUGGGGUAUUUUUGCAGAGGGAAAGACAGCCAGUAACACAAUGGAAGAAAACCUCAGUAAUGGGCUGCCAUUAGCUGUUACACAUCUACUCCAACACACUCUGAGAAGCUUGUGUUCUCAUGAGACUUCACAGUGGGUCUAUGCGAUCUUUUGGAGGAUCCUUCCUAGAAACUACCCGCCACCCAAGUGGGAUCUUCAAAGAGGACCCUAUGACAGGUGUAGAGGAAACAGAAGAAAUUGGAUACUUGUUUGGGAAGAUGGCUUCUGCAAUUUUGCUGCAUCAUGCGUCACUGCAACAGGAUCUUUCAGUUGCAUGGACUCCACAUGCUACGCCAGUCCAGAAAUUCAGCAACCCAAAGGCCUAAAACCGGAGUUGUUCUUCAAGAUGUCACACGAAAUAUACAACUAUGGGGAAGGUUUGAUUGGGAAGGCCGCUGCAGAUCAUAGUCAUAAAUGGAUUUUCAAAGAGCCUGAUGAACGUGAAGACAAUUGCUUGCCCGCAUGGCAGAAUACAGUGGAUUCAUAUCCAAGGACGUGGGAAGCGCAGUUUCGGUCUGGAAUACAGACAAUUGCAUUAAUUGCAGUUAGCGAAGGAGUCCUUCAACUUGGAUCAGUUAACAAGAUUAACGAGGACAUCAACUAUAUAUUUUUACUAAGGAAGAAGUUUAGCUAUAUCGAGAGCAUCCCUGGAGUCCUCUUACCACAUCCCUCAUCCCCUGCCUUCCCUAUGAAUGGAGAAGAUUGUGCUCUCAUGCCACACAACAGCUGGUCCAUCCAGGCAAACCACAUGAUGCCUAGAGAUGGAGAAUAUGCAGGCUACUUCACUCUUGGGCCUCAGCUCCUUGGGCAGGAGUUCAAGAUAACACCUUCCAUGACAAGCCUUGAAGCGCUACUGUCCAAGUUGCCCUCAGUUGGACCAGUUUCUUCUGAAACAGCUGCAUGUUAUGGAAUCUCCCCACAAUAUGCUUCACCUUUCACAAUGGGUAAGGCAAAGAUGGAAGAAGAUGAUGAAUUUGAGCAACUGGCUGGACUUCAUCUGGGGGGAGAAAGUAGCGGUUCUAUGUGCUCACAUCACCAAUACUGACUUCCAUCAUGUCAUAAAAAUUUGUGUUGGCUUUCUAAGAAGCUUCCUAAGAAAAUUAUUAUCUGUUGUUAAGCCCCUCUGGUUGGGUUCAUUAAUUUUCAAAAACGCCGGCUCAUCUGACAGCCUUGCAUGCGAGAGAGAGAGAGAGGAGGAGGAACAGGAGCAGGAGGAGGGAGUUGGGCUUCCAGAUUAUGGACUCUAAGCUAAAAGCUGCUUCUUCAAAUGUUUGAGAGUUACAUUUCUAAA